CUAACAGAUGAGGAGCGUGUCUACCUUAAUGCAGUGGCGAUUGGCGACAUCGGAGUGAUACGUAUGUCUCUAGAAGAUGCCGACAACAAUUCUAAUUUUAAUGUCAAUUGUGUUGACUACAUGGGCCGCAAUGCCCUACAUCUGGCCGUCGAUUCGGAGAACACGGAGGCUAUCGAAAUGCUUUUGGACAAGUUGGACUUUGAGUGCAUUGAGGAAGCCCUGCUGCAUGCCAUCAGCAAAGGUCACACCAAGUUGGUGCGUUUGAUUAUUGAGCAUCCCAAUUAUCAGGUUGGCGAAGAUCGCAUCAAAAGGGUGGACUCAAAGAAUGCAUUCUUUCGCACCACCGAAAAAAGUCAAUUCUCGCCUGACAUCACGCCGCUCAUACUGUCGGCGCAUUAUAACAAUCAUGAGAUGGUACAAAUGUUCCUGUCACGCAAUCAUUCAAUCGACAAGCCUCAUCCAAUCUCAUGUCAGUGUUCCGACUGUCAGAUACGACAAGACUACGACUCGCUAAAGCGCUCUCGCUCGCGUCUUAAUGCAUACCGAGCACUAGCGAGUCCUGCAUAUAUGGCAUUAAGUAGCCCCGAUCCAAUAAUGACCACAUUCGAACUCCGACAGGAGAUGAUGAAGUUAGCCGAAAUGGAGAAGGAAUUCAAGGUGGUCACUUUGUUUACUUUCUUACUUUACAAACAUGUUUACAAGGAAAUUUACCAACGACGUGAGAUUAAGAUGGGCUGCAGAUUUAGGCAGCAUCGCUUGAAUAACUAG